CUGACUGACAUCACUGUAACAAAUAUAGAGACAUUUUGGUGUGUACAAAUCGUCUCGUUUACAUCAAAACUUAUUAUUUUUCUCAUAGAAUCCUCGACUGAAACUAAAUAAAAUGUUGGCCGCACAACAAGCUGCUAUCUCUGGAAUCCAGAGUACAGCGGGAGCAGUGCCAGUGCGAAAUGAAAAAGGCGAGCUGUCGAUGCAAAAAGUAAAAGUCCAACGCUACAUAUCUGGAAAGCGUCCCGAAUAUGCCCAAUACGUUAGUUCGGAUGAAGAAUCGGAGGAGGAAGACUUCAGCGAUCGUAAAACGCAAACACAGAAAAGUUAUUCGCGAGCCGAAGAGAUUUCGAUGGAAAUUUCUCGUCUCGAGCAUUCCUCUCAAAUUCAAGAUCAGCUUCAACCGUCCGACGAUCCGCGCCUGAAACGUUUGAUGCAACGUGACGACCAUGAUGACGACGAUGAGCGCCUGCAACGCCAUCGACACAUCCAUGAGCCGGAGCUUGUUCAAUCCGAAGAGGAAUCCGAGCCAGAAGAGUCGAUGGAAACGGUACAAACGAUGCGAAAUCGACGAAUAGCCUUGGGAUCAGACAGUGAAACGGAUACUGAGUUGAGUGACACGGAAAUCGAACAGCGACGACAGCGAUUGAGACAGAAGAUGAUGCAGCAGCGUAAGGAGGAGGAAGUGUUGCUGAAAGAAGAAGAAAAGUCCGAAUCGUCGGAGUCGGAAAGUUCGGAAUAUGAAGAAGAAAGUGAAAGUGAGGAGGACAACGAGCCUCGAAUGAAACCGUUAUUCGUUCGGAAGAGAGAUCGUGCAACGAUUGCUGAAAAGGAAAAGGAAGCAGCCAAGCAAAGGCAAUUGGAGUAUGAAGCUAAGAAGGUGGCUAAGGAGAGGCGCCGACAAACGUUAAAAUUGGUGGAGGACAGCGUGAAAAAGGAUUUGGAAAAAGCGAAACCGGAGAGUAGUGAACCGAAUAUCAAUGAUGUUUGCACGGACGACGAAAACGAUGAGGUCGAGUAUGAAGCUUGGAAACUUCGCGAACUGAAACGCAUCAAACGAGACCGAGAAGAGAAAGAACAAGCGGACCGAGAGCGUUUGGAGGUGGAACGUUUACGCAAUAUGACCGAAGAGGAACGACGCCAAGACGGUCGACAGAAUCCGAAAACGGUCACCAACAAAGCAGCCAAGGGAAAGUACAAAUUCUUGCAGAAAUACUUCCAUCGCGGUGCUUUCUACUUGGACGAAGAGGACGAUGUACUGAAACGAGACUUUGCCCAGGCCACACUGGAAGAUCACUUCGACAAGACCAUUCUGCCGAAGGUGAUGCAGGUGAAAAAUUUCGGCCGCUGCGGUCGCACAAAGUACACCCAUUUGGUGGACCAAGAUACCACACAAUUCGAUUCGCCGUGGUAUGGCGACACAGCCAAUAAUAUCAAAUUCCAUUCGGAGAAGGCUGGUGGUAUGAAGCAGGUGUUUGAAAAACCGACAUUGGUGAAGAGGAAGAAAAUGUCCUAAAUGGAAGUGGUGGCGUGGAUGAGGGAAAGAUUCUUUGUAUUGAUUCUAUUUUGUAAUUUUGCAAAUAAAUUUGCGUCAAUUAUUGAGUAACUCUG